GAUACAGCGGCGGCAAAGGUUUCCCAAACGAACUUGCGUCCAUUUUGCUACAUCUCGUUUCUUUUGGUUGUUGUUUUUAUCAGAUUUUGUAUAGUAUUUUUGAUCGCUGCGGGUUUAUAUGCUACAUAAUUGUAUAGAGCCCGCCGGUCAUGUGUCCAGUGUCGUCCUGCAAUGCGAUUCACGGCGCCUAUUGACAGCCACUCUCGUCCGCAUCAUCUUUGAUUACAUCGACAACUGCUGGCCUGUACACAGCUGGACGACCAAUUGAAGUCUGAUCAAGAUGGUUCACCAGCAAUCGUACGAUCACCGCCAUUCGUCCUAUCACCCGCCGUCGGCGUUCAGUGUCGAUCCGAUGGGCCAGCCGGUCAAGAACAAAAAUUACCAGCAGCAGCAGCAGCAGCAGGCCAACCAGCAAACCAGCGGGGCUAGUGCUGGCGCUGGCCUGCGGCCGAUGGGUAAAAACCGGAACAACAACAACAACAACAAUUCGUCGACGUCUUCGUCGCCCACUUCGUCCAGCGCCGUCAAUGAUAACGACACCUUUGCGCGCUUCUGGCCGCAGCCGGCCAAUAACGGCGGCAGUCGGCCGUGCAGCAGCGGGCCGGGAUGCGGGGCAACGCUUCCGCAUCCCUCCGGGCCCAUCAGUGGCGGCGGCACAUCCAGCAAUGGCAACAACUCUUAUUCCGCCGUCGAGAAUGACGUCCGGUGGUCCAAAUUACUCCGACACGACGGUACACCCACCAAGGUUUUACUCUACCCGGAAGAAGGAUGGGCCAGAACGGCCACCAACGCCUAUUGGCUCCUGUCGAUCCCUUGGUGGAACCGCAAUCGCUGCAAAGUCGUCGAAGUCGCCGGAACGCGGAGGAGUACGACGCAGGCCAAGUUGAUCGACGCCGGCGACCGGCGAACGGUUUACGUGGUCGGCUCGUUCAAGAGCUCGUCGUCGUCGUCGCCGGACCUCUCGUCGUCCGAGCCGCAAUUCAAAUUGGCCCUGACGUCGCACAUCACGACGGCCGACGUCAAUCUCGGCUACCUGAUGACCGGCACGCUGGAGCGAGGCCGUCACGGCGACUCGCUCCAGCCAACCCAUUUCGCCGUCCUCCGUAAAUUCGAUUGGAAUAGCCAACAGCAGCAGCAGCAACAACAGCAACAGCACUGA